AUGGCAAUGGCAAAUAACAAAAAACAAUGUUUCGUUUAUUUAACAAAACAUCUGCAGAGUUUAAACGAAGAUUUCCACAUGAUUAUCAAUGAUUAUGAUCAGUUUAGAGAUGAAAUCAAUCAAAAACAACCCGUUUCUUCCUCGAUGAAACAAAUUGAUCAAUGGGAAAAGAAAUCGAUCGAAUUAAUUCAACAAACAGCUCAACAAUAUCGAAAUAUUUUAAUCGAAAAAGAAAGAGAAGAGGAAGA